AUGACAACGCUUUGCAUUGAUGCGACAGGUCUUUGCUGUUACCUGCUGCUGCAACUUUUCCUGUGCGUGCCGACCAGACACACCGCCAGCAUGUUCUUCGCCUCCUCCAUUCUCACACUCGGCCUCCUGCUUGCCGAGGGUGCGUUUGCCGCCCCGACUUCGGAGACGCGACAGGCCCAAUCGGGCUUCGUGAGCGUCGAGGGAGAAAAGUUCAAGCUUGACGGCAAGGACUUUUACUUUGCCGGCACAAAUGCCUACUAUUUCCCCUUCAGCGGCUCCCAAACAGAUGUCGAGAAUGGAAUGACGCAGGCCAGGAACGCUGGUCUGAACGUCGUCCGUACUUGGGGCUUCAAUGACAAGAACCGCACCACCAACUCCGGCGGCCUACCCCAGUACGGGGCGGACAGCAACCCCACGUUCCAGUACUUCAACGGCAACCAGGACUCCACCAUUGACGUUACUCCCUUUGACAAGGUCGUCAAUGCCGCAACCAAGACUGGCAUGAAGCUCGUAGUGGCCCUGACCAACAAUUGGGCAGACUACGGCGGCAUGGACGUGUACACUAUCAACUACGGUGGAAAGUACCACGAUGAUUUCUACACCGUCCCCCAGAUCAAGGACGCCUUCAAGCGCUACAUCCGCGCCAUUGUGACGCGCUACGCCGACAGCCCCGCCAUCAUGGCCUGGGAGCUCGCAAACGAGCCCCGCUGCGGCGCCGACUCGGUCCGCAACCUCCCGCGCGGCCCCAGCUGCACCCCGGACACCAUCACAGCCUGGAUCGACGAGAUGUCGACCUUCGUCAAGUCCAUCGACAGCAAGCACCUCGUAACCUGGGGCGGCGAGGGCGGCUUCAACUGGUCGGGCCAGAGCGACGGCUUCUACAACGGCUACGACGGCGGUGACUUUGACCACGAGCUCUCGCUCCCCAACGUCGACUUUGGCGUCUUCCACAGCUACCCGGACUGGUGGACAAAGACGAUCGACUGGGUCGACCAGUGGAUCCGCGACCACGCCGCCAGCGGCUGCAAGGCCGGCAAGCCCGUCGUCCACGAGGAGUACGGCUGGCUGACCAACGAGGCGAGGCAGCAGAACCUGGGCCGCACCGCCCCCGAGACCCGAACCGAGGUCCUCUCCAGGUGGCAGAAGAUCCAGGUCGAGGAGAAGAUGCCCGACAUGUUUUGGCAGUUUGGCUGGAGCGGAUACUCAUACGGCAAGAACCACGACGACGGCUUCACCAUAUACCUGGAGGAUGCAGAGGCCCAACCGUUGAUUAGGGACCACGCUGCCGCCAUGAAUGCUCUUAAUAACUAA